AUGGAACCCUCAAGAUUGCCGGUUACUUUAAAUCAGCCAGAAAUUUUACAACAAUCAGAAAAAACGCAAUUUGAUCAACAAGACUUUACCAAACAAGAGGAUUUUCAAGGGUUUCAAACUCAAAGUCUAUCAGAUCACCACAACAAAGCACCUUCCUUUGCAGCUAAUACAUAUAAACAUAAAGUACCACCACCUUUAAAACAAAAGUUUCAAUUGAUUGAGCCUGUUUUUUCGGAUGAUGAAUCUUCAUCAGAUGAUGAUGAAAACUUUUCCUCAAUUGAUUUAAAUAGUAACAUGACUUUACCAAAAUCAUUUGAAAAAGGUCCUUUAGGUGCUUUACCAUUUACAGAUACCAAUGCAUAUAGUAUUUUUUGUCUAAUUACUCAACCAAACCUAGCAACUAAAGUUAAUACAACAGUAUUUACACAAAAUGGUCUUUUUUUUCAAGAUGAAGCUCAUCUUAUUCAAUGGUUAAAAAUGCAUAAAGAUCUUAUAUUACAAGUGUUAAAUGAAAUUUUUUUCUUGCUUACUAUAUCAAACCAGCCUGUUUCAAAUCAAAUGCCAACUAAAAGAACUCGUAUAUCAUUAAUUAAAAGUAUUGUUCCUAAUAUGGUUAAAACAAAUCUUAAUUGGAACGAAGUAUCAACUAAAUUAAGACAAGCUUUUGAAAAUUUUC